AUGACGGAGCCCCACCGGGUUUCAUUCACCACUCUCCACGGUCCACUGAGCAGCAGCUUCUUGAAGAGGUCUCGGAAAGAUGAUGGAGAGCAGCCCCAGGACUCUGAACCGCCUGCGACAGCCGUUCGGAUCACACUCACUCUUUUUGAGCCAGAUCACAAACGUUGUCCAGAAUUUUUCUACCCAGAUCUUCUGAAGAGUUGUCAAGGGAAAGUAAAAGGUGGCUUUUCAGGAGACAAGAGGAAAGAACCCACUGAUCCCUUUAAUGAUGACGAAAAGGAAAGGCAUAAAGUGGAGGCUCUUGCUAGGAAGUUUGAAGAAAAAUAUGGUGGCAAGAAACGUAGAAAGGACCGUAUUCAGGACUUGAUUGAUAUGGGGUAUGGAUACGACGAAUCUGACUCCUUCAUUGAUAAUUCUGAAGCAUAUGAUGAGCUUGUUCCGGCUUCUCUAACUACAAAGUAUGGAGGGUUUUACAUCAACUCAGGAACACUGCAGUUUCGGCAGGCAUCUGACUCUGAAGACGACUAUGUUAAAGAGAAGAAGAAGAAGUGUCCCAAGAAGCGGAAGUUGAAAGAUGGAGGUGAAAAACUGAAGAAAAAGAAGAAAGAUGAUUCUUAUGACAAGGAAAAGAAAUCCAAAAAGUCCAAGUUCCCAAAAGCUGGCUUUACAGCAUUAAAUGCGAGUAAGGAGAAGAAGAAGAAGAAAUACUCCGGUGCUCUUAGUGUCAAGGAGAUGCUGAAGAAGUUUCAGAAAGAGAAGGAUGCUCAGAAGAAAAAAGAUGAAGAGCAGAAAGUGGCAACUCCUUCACCAGCAGAACCUUCAGCCCCAAGGGAGGCAGAAGCGAUGUCUGACCCUUUGCUCUCGCUCUUCGGCCACACCAGUGAUAAUGACCUGCUUCAGGCAGCAACAGCUAUGGACUCAUUAACGGACGUAGACCUGGAGCAGCUCCUCAGUGAAUCCCCAGAGGGGAGUCCUUUUCCUGAUGUGGAGGACGGGAGUGAUCCUAUUGGGAUGGGCUUGGAGCAGGAUUUCAAGCAACCGCCAUCCCUCCCAGAAGGCUUGCCAGCCCCUUUGGAGAAACGCAUCAAAGAACUGACUCAGGCUGCCAGAGCUGCAGAAGGAGAAGGCAAACAGAGAUUCUUCACUCAGGAUAUCAACAACAUCAUACUGGACAUAGAGCUGCAGACCCGGGAGCUGAACAGCCAGGUCCGGUCAGGAGUGUAUGCCCACCUGGCUGCUUUCUUGCCUUGCAGCAAGGACACUCUGGUCAAGCGUGCCCGUAAGCUUUAUCUCUACGAGCAGGGUGGCCGCUUGAAGGAACCUCUGCAGAAGCUAAAGGAAGCCAUUGGAAGGGCCAUGCCAGAGCAGAUGGCCAAGUACCAGGAUGAAUGCCAAGCCCAUACUCAAACCAAGUUUGCCAAGAUGCUGGAAGAGGAAAAGGACAAAGAGCAGCGAGAUCGAGUUUGCUCUGAUGAUGAUGAGGAUGAAGAAAAGGGAGGGAAGCGCGUCAUAGGACCACGAAAGAAAUUUCAAUGGAAUGAUGAAAUCAGGGAGCUGCUUUGCCACUUGGUGAAGAUUAAGUUGGAUGGUUAUGACCUUGACAAGAAUAAGGCUCAGUCUCUAGAGGACUAUGUGAAGACCUUCCUAGAUGGAGAGGUGAAGCCCCUUUGGCCAAAAGGCUGGAUGCAGGCCAG